CCAAAUGCCAAAGGUAAUAAUUACCCAUGUGACACGGCGGGGAGAGUUUCCUCUGAAAGAAGUACCUCGAAACACCGAAAUGAGCAAGAGGGAUACAUUAAGAGAACAUAUAAAACCUGACAGACAUUCGUCAUAUUCUCGAUGUUUUCAUAUUCUGUGGAGAAGCUGCAAUCUGUGCAUGUCUGUCUUUUUUGCAUUAGCGGCAUAUGUGCAGAUUAAUGACCCAGAUGCUGCCAUUUGGAUGGCAGCAUAUGCCAUCCCAGCUGGUUUAUGUUUUUGGGUCAGCCUCAAACCUAUGAUUACAGAGACUUUAAUCUGGAGAAAACUGUGUGAUCUGCACAUGUUUCUUUGUGCCACAGUUGCUGUUAUCUUGGGAUGGUCUCUCUACAAUAGUACAACAAAGAACAUUAUCCAUGAAGAAGAGGGGAGGGAGUGUUUUGGUUUGGUAUUAAUAGCAGUAUGGCUCCUUCUUUGUCGACAUUCAGAAAAGAGUAGAGUUGGUGGCUUAAGACUUUUGACUGCAGUUGCUGUCACCAUAUUUCCAUUUGUGGCUUGGCUAUACUAUUACAUUAACAAAGAAUUGAGGUCCAGCUGGCCCUUACAUUGCAAAACUGCACUAUAGACCAUGGAGAAUAUCAACUGGACCAGACUGAAGCAUGGAUGUAACUAAUUAUACAAAUUUAAAUACAUUAUAUAAAUAAAGCACAAUUAUUUAGAGAUA